CGAGCAGCAGCUAAAUGCGUCAAAGCAGGGACGUUUUCCAGUGUUAGUUAAGGUGUAAUGAUAGGACUUAGCUCCAGAAUGCUACAGUGUGGUUUUAAAGCAACUCAUUAUUCAAAUAAGGCUUUACUGCAGGGGUGUUUGAUUCUCGCCAUUUUAUUAUUGGGUGGUCAACAUGUUGAGGGACAAGAACUUGUGUGCACAAAUAUGGACGGUAGAAACCACUUUCGAUUAUUCUUAACGCUAGCUGAUUUGGUGAUGGACUGCAAGCUGGUCAGACACCCAGGAAUCACAGAUCAGCACUAUAAGGACAUACUGAAACUGUAUGCUUCUGCUGGAGUGCUACCUAAGAUGGAGAUCUACAACAGCACCAACUCAUAUGCCUUCGAUUUCAAGUUGAAGUUGAGCCAAGAAGGAUUAACCUGGCGUGUUAUCGUCCCGAGGAAUAACAUAACCGCUAAAACAGCGGUGGCCCCGAUAGACCAGUGGCACGUGGAGGUCAACAUGUUCCAGGGCUAUGAUGCAUUGGAUUCUACCGCCAUCCUACUGAGGUCAUUGACGGGCACACUGCUCGAUUUGACAAGAGAGCCGAUAUUGCAGUGGUUUUUAGGAGAGGGCAUCUCAAGUUACAGCCUUUACCCGUACUGGGGCCUGCUCAUGAAGAUCCAGGUGGCCCAGAGUCCAUGUGCCGGCGAUGUGGCCGUCAUUGCUCCUAUUUUUGCCUACCAUCCCGAAGCGGUUCCAGGAGUUAUUCUGAGUUAUACCAAUAAUGCUUUCCUUGGUCGUGGAGCAUUAUGGUUCAAUCUGACCAACACUCUCUGUAGUUUCAUGACUGCAGCGGGAUGCAAUGGCCUUACCCUGAUUGACCUGAAGCUGACCAACUGUCAUCUCUUCCUGCUGACCAACAGGGGACUCUUUAUCAGCCAGGAUCUGCUCUCUCCAGUCACUGGAUUUCUCAGUUUCACCUGGCCGAACAACCCCAUACUGAAUCAAAUGAACUACGAUACAGCAACAAUCUGGUACUCUGGCAAUUGUCAGACCAACGCGUUAUACUUUUCAGAUGACUAUGUGAGUGUGGUAUCUAAUACAGGAGUGGGGCCGAAUCUGGUGUCGAUGUGUGCGUUCAGUGGGUACCCCUUCACACACUGGUAUCCCUGCUUAGGCAGCGACUAUGAUCUGUCUAAUCCAUACUACAUACCACGCUACCUGGCUUUUUUGUAUGAUCGCUACCAGCAAACAGCUCUGCUGUUGUCAAUGAAUGAGUUUGACUGGCAGACGGGCAUGGUGUCGAUGUUCAACAUCGGGAAGACUGGGCUGGACUCCAGAACCAAAGUUCCUUCCACCACCAUUGCCAUAGAAGGUUUGGAAGGCAUGUAUAUGGGGGGCAACCAAAUUUUCCUUUAUGGCAAUCAGUUGUGGGUUUCCGAUGACCGUGGAGCCAAAUUCCACCACUUACUAACUAUGCCUCAGUCGGAUCGCAUAGUCGACAUGGUGAGCUGCCCAUAUAACAACAUGGUAGUCGGUGUGACAACCGGAGGGACGAUCAUCGUCUUGAGAGCAGGUUUACAUAAGUAUUCUAGAUUUUUCAUCUCGAAGUCCACUCCCGCCUUCCUGUAUUGCGACCACAUUGGCCUACUGACGGUUGUAGAUGUGGACUUCACCACCGACAUUGGAUUCAUUAGCAAGACCAUUGAUCCCACUAUCAUCCAGAACGAUGAUCACAGCUUUCCAGGAUAUUUAGCCCCGCAGUAUAUUACUCCCUCAACAGUCCUGCUGUACGAGUACACUUUCGACCUUGCAUACCCUGAGUUUGGUUAUCUUCGUGAAGUACAUCGCGGAAAAAUUGUCACCUUCCGUCAGGGUGGUCAGGUACUCAUAACGGACGUGUACCGGGAUCCUCUGUUACCAGGUAUCAACUUGAAGACCUGCGCCAAGGGGGAUCUCCUAGAACCUAUGGGGCUAUUGCAUGAAGCCAUACAGGACUUCCCACUUUUCUAUGAAGAGGCUCUUGCUGAAAAUAAUGAGUUCUUUGUACAGAUCACAGUUUUAGGCCAUCCAAUAGGCUUUGAGGACAGGCACAUAAGCAUGGCAGUAGUCAGCCCUGGACAGUCCACUCUCCUCAUCCUUCAGGUUAUGAAUGGGAUUGCAUUGGCGUGGUCCACCAUGCCUUCCUGGCUGCCACUGCCCAGCACAAUACCACCGGACUCAUGGCUGCUCGUGGACACAAGUUGGUUCCGGAUGCUGGAGCAGCCGUGCCGACACAAGCUGCAGUCGCUAGACAAGCUGCGAAACCAUGCACUCGUGGUCAUCAACGUACACGAGACACUUAACUUCACCUUCAAGACCUUCAUGUCUGACACGUUGUCUAGUGCUGAACGCUAUAAGAAGAGAAUGUCGGUGGUUCUAACCAACCCCACCGGCUUCAGGGUGAACGUACACCACUUCUGGGACAAGACCCACAACCACAUGCUCACCCUCAAUAUUUUCAGCCACCUCUGCAAGAAGGGCAUGACGAUGGUGACUGUGUAUAUCCCGGAGGCCUCAUUGAUGUGCAACAUGACGAGCAUCACCUUCACGCUGCAGAACGCCUGCCCAGAGGGCCUCAGCAUCGUCUACCUGCCCAGCCAGCCAAUCAGCGACUACGAGUGGCUCCAUGGAGACCCCGAGGACGAGAAUGAGGACAGGAUUCUCUACAACCUGCCCGUAAACUACAGGCCUCCCUCCAAGCUGGGUGUGCUGAUUCCGACCACUGAACACAUCUACAAUGCAGACCCCAGUAAGCCGAUACCCCGACAGCAUUACCCUGUGUCCAAGAACACAGGCAGGUAUAAACAGUGUGCUGGAAAGGCGUCUGUUGAGGAGUGUGGCUGCACUGAUUCGUUGAGGGUGUCACCUCUAGCCAUCUACUCAGACUGCCGACAGAGGGUGCUGAGAAAGAUAUAUCCCCUGAUCAACUUCAACGUCACGCUGUUCCUCAGGAGGGUCAACCAUCCAGACCAGCCUCUACGUUCACCCUAUUUUGUGACAGUGACCGAGGUCAACAACCGUACCAACUGGGCCGUCACAGGUACCCAAACUACCUCCACCUUGGCCAAGAUGAGAGAGUUGCUGAAUACUGUGUACAACCAGACAUUCUUCAACCCGGAAGGCUUGCAGAUCAGCUGCUACGGCACGGAGCUCUUCCACUUCCGCAUCUCUGUGAUCCCAGGAGUGGUCCUCUGUGACCUGGUGGACGAGAUUCAGAUCUUUGUGGACAAGGGUCCGCUGGGCUUCCCCGCUGCCUAUGUGAUCAGCUGCAUCACGGCUAUCGGUCUGGGCGGGCUGCUUAUGCUCGGCCUGCUGCUGAAGACCGCCAACCCCUCCAGCGGCGUCCUCAAGACCUUCUGGAGGAAAAACAAGGUGGCCCCCGAGUCCAACUAAGGCCCGCACCAUGCUGAGGCCCGCUACACCACCACGACUCUACUCAGUGAAUUAAAGAUGCAGUGUUUAUUCAACACACGAAGAGUACUCUGGGACCAAAUACAUACGCCUUAAAUAGAAGAUCAGAGUUCAAAAGAGUCCUUGUGCACAAGCCCUCAGUAACAUAGGUGCCGGUGGGAGGAGGCAGGAUAACCUGAUGAAAAUCAAAAGUUCAGAAAUGCUGCACACUGCUUACUAUUGUUUUUUUUAUUAUUAUUUCUUGGAGUGAACAAGAAAUAAAACAAGGGAAAAAAGCAGUGUGCAGUACACUCAACUCUCUAAGUGUGGAAUUAACACUGCAUUUGUUUACUGUGUGUGAAAACAAGCCCCUGGUUAGUCUGAAAUGUUCUUGGCAACAUGGGUUAUAGUUUCUUACUUGUCUUGUUUCUUUCUUUUUUCGUUUUUGUUUUAGUUAUUUGCAUAUGAACAUUUACUUUAAUACAUUUUUUUGUUACAAAUACAUUUUGAUGUUUUGUAGGGCAAACAGAAAAUGUCAUAUAUUGUCCUAUACAGGGGAACAAAGCGUCAAAAGCAAAUUAACCUUUUCAAGAGACAUUGUAACUUUAGGCUCGCCACCGCCUUGUGCUCUAUGAAACAUUAAUUAAUAAAAAAGCAAACAUUGACCUUUUUCAACAUUUA